UUUCUCUGUGUGUUCUCGUUCAUCUUCAUUUAUUUUCAACCGAAUGUGAAAUUUUGUUCUAUGCCGGGUUUGUCUGUGACAAGAAAUGAAAAAAUAUUCUACAAAUUCAACUAAAUAACUUAUUUAAACAAUAUUGUGUGUACUGCUAAUACAACAAAGUAUUUGUUCAUAUUCACUUCAAAAAACAACUUCUAACAUUAAAAGCAAACAAAAUAUUACUUCAUUGAUCUGCGAAAACUAGCAAAAAAAAAGCAAGGAUCUAAACGAGCCACAUAAAAACUUUGCAAAAAGAAAAAAAAAAAAAAAGGGGAAACCGAAGCUCAUAUUUGUGAACAAUGGCGUCCCAUCAAUAUCAUCAAAUUGCAAAUCUCCUGGAAAAGAUGACAUCCAGUGACAAAGAUUUUCGGUUCAUGGCCACAAAUGAUUUGAUGACCGAACUGCAAAAAGACAGCAUCAAAUUGGAUGACGAGUCGGAGAAGAAAGUUGUGCGAAUGGUUUUAAAGUUACUCGAAGACAAAAACGGUGAGGUUCAGAAUUUGGCUGUAAAGUGUUUGGGGCCUUUAGUGAACAAGGUCAAGGAGAACCAAGUUGAGACCAUUGUUGACUCAUUGUGUGCCAACAUGAUCUCGAACACAGAACAGCUGAGGGACAUCUCGAGCAUUGGAUUGAAGACCGUAAUUUCGGAAUUGCCUCAGGCUUCUAAUUCGCUUGCUCCUAAUGUUUGCCAGCGAAUCACCGGUAAACUCGGUAACGCAAUUGAAAAGGAAGAUGUUUCGGUAAAACUCGAAGCUUUAGACAUUCUCUCCGAUUUACUCUCUCGCUUUGGAGACUUUUUAGUGCCCUUCCAUCCAGCAAUCUUGAAAGCUCUUGUUCCACAGUUGGGUUCUUCACGUCAGGCAGUUCGUAAGCGGACCAUUGUUGCUCUGUCUCACCUGUUGACUUUGGCCAAUACCAAUGCAUAUAAUGGAGUUAUUGAUCAUCUGUUGGAGGGACUGGAGAAACCACAGAAUCAAGGAGCCAUACGCACUUAUAUUCAGUGCUUGGCUUCAAUUUGUCGACAAGCUGGUCAUCGUCUGUGCACUCGCAUUGAGCGAGCCAUGUUUCUUUUGAAACAAUACAGCCAGCGGGAUGAUGAUGAGCUUCGGGAAUUUUGCUUGCAAGCAUGUGAAGCAUUUGUACUUCGCUGUCCAGAUGCUAUUGGUCCGCAUAUUCCUAUGAUUCUAGAAUUAUGUAUGAAAUAUGUCACUUACGAUCCCAACUACAACUACGAAGCCGACGACGGAGAAUCUGGUGUGGCCAUGGAUACGGAAGAUGAAGAGUACGUUGAUAGUGAAGAAUACAGCGAUGAUGAUGACAUGAGCUGGAAGGUGCGACGUGCCGCAGCUAAGUGUCUUGAAGCUCUAAUCUCAACUCGUCAUGAACUCAUUGAAGAUUUCUACCGUGAUCUCUCACCUGCUUUGAUAUCUCGCUUCAAAGAACGUGAAGAAAAUGUCAAAUCAGACAUCUUCCACGCCUACAUUGCCCUCUUAAAGAAUACACGCCCAGCUGAUGAGAUAUCUCACGAUCCCGAUUCAAUGGAGCAAGUUCCUGGACCAAUAAGCCUUUUGCAGGAUCAAGUUCCUGCAAUUGUUAAGGCAAUCCAACCUCUGAUGAGAGAAAAAUCAAUGAAGACUCGACAAGAUUGCUUUUUACUGCUGAGAGAAUUGUUAAAUGCCCUUCCAGGGGCACUUGGAAACCACCUUAACAAUGUAAUGCCUGGUAUCCAGUAUUCUCUGAGCGAUAAAAAUUCAUCAUCCAACAUGAAAAUUGAUGCUUUAAGUUUUCUAUGCAGCCUUUUGCAGGGGCACAAUCCACAGGUUUUCGAUCCCCAUAUUCCAAUGCUGGUUCCAUUGGUGGUGAAUGCUGUGUUCGACCCUUUCUAUAAGAUUGCCACUGAAGCACUUUUGGUGUUGCAACAGUUGGUGAAAGUUAUUCGGCCUUUGGAUAUGCGAACUGGCUACGAAGUUGCACAAUUUGAUCUCGAAAAAUUGUAUUCGUCGACAUUGCAGAAACUCAAAGCCACAGAUGUUGACCAAGAAGUAAAAGAACGUGCUAUAGCUUGCAUGGGUCAAAUUAUAGCUAACAUGGGUGAUCUUCUAAAGGCAGAGUUGCCAACAUGUCUACCCAUUUUCAUGGAACGUCUGAAGAAUGAAGUGACUCGUCUAAGUUCUGUAAAAGCACUCACCAUGAUCGCUGGAUCUCCCUUACGCAUUGAUUUGUCGCCGAUUUUAAAAGAUGUCCUUCCAGCUUUGGGAUCUUUUCUGAGAAAGAAUCAGCGUGCAUUAAAACUCAACUCGUUAGCUCUGCUCAACACUUUGGUUGACAACUAUUCUCAUUUAUUCGGCCCUCAGCUAUUGCAAAUCGCCAUCAGUGAAAUUCCGGCGCUUCUAACCGAUGCCGAUCUUCAUGUUGCGCAAUUGUCAUUGGUCCUUCUAACGACCACUGCCAGAAGACAACCACAAGCUUUGGUUGGCAUUCACGAUCAGUUCUUACCGUCAGUUCUGGUCUUGGUGCGAUCACCUUUGCUUCAAGGUGCUGCUCUUACAUGCACCUUGGACCUAUUCCAAGCUUUAGUAAAAGCUAAACUGCCCGGAUUGGGAUAUCAUCAACUGCUGGAGAAGUUAAUGGAACCCAUUCUAAAUGGAACUAACUCGGAACAGCUGCAUAAGCAGGCUUAUCAUUCGCUGGCCAAGUGCGUAGCUGCAUUAACUCUACAAAGUCCAACCGAAGCAGUUCCGUUGGCAUCUCAGUUGCUAAAUGAUCUUCAAAAGCGCCAAGGUGAUACACAUUUGGUGUUUUGUCUACUAACUAUAGGCGAAAUUGGACGUCAUUUCGAUUUGAGUUCCAUUGAUUCUCUCCCAAAGAUUAUUAUCGAUUGUUUUGGAGCUAGCUCAGAAGAUGUCAAAGGAGCAGCAAGUCAUGCUUUGGGAGCUGUUGCUGUGGGAUCUCUUCAGUGUUUCUUGCCGUUGAUCUUGAAAGAAAUUGAAGCACAACCGAAGAGGCAAUAUCUUCUGUUACAUUCACUAAAAGAAGUAAUCUCCUCGCUGUCGAAUACACCAAAUGGUUUGGAACAGUUGCUUCCCUCUGUUCCCUCUAUUUGGGCGCAGCUUUUCAAACAUUGUGAAUGCUCAGAGGAAGGCUCGCGAAAUGUUGUUGCCGAAUGUUUGGGCAAACUUGUUUUGGUAAAUCCAGAAGAACUUCUUCCUCGUCUGCAGCAAGCACUUCAUAGCGAAAGUGCUCUCAUGAGAACCGCUGUUGUAUCGAGUGUAAAGUUUACCAUCUCAGAUCAGCCACAGCCGUUUGAUCUGCUUCUCAAACAAUGUAUUGGGGAGUUUUUGUUUGCACUGCGUGAUCCAGAGCCAUCGGUAAGGAGAGUUGCAUUGGUUGCAUUUAAUUCAGCGGUACAUAAUAAACCAAGCUUGGUGCGCGAUUUGUUGCCCACCUUAUUGCCAUGGCUUUAUUCAGAAACAAAAGUGAAGGGUGAACUGAUUCGUGAAGUUGAAAUGGGUCCAUUUAAACACACCGUCGACGAUGGUUUGGACAUUCGUAAGGCAGCUUUUGAAUGCAUGUAUACACUACUGGAACAAGGUUUGGAUCGUGUGGAUGUAAUGCAGUUUUUGGAUCAUGUACAAGCAGGAUUGUGUGAUCAUUACGAUAUUAAAAUGUUAACAUACUUGAUGACUGCAAGAUUGGCGGUAUUGUGCCCAGAAGAUGUGUUAUUAAGACUGGAUCAAUUUGUUCAACAACUACGUGAUACCUGCACACAUAAAGUCAAAGCUAAUUCUGUUAAGCAGGAGUAUGAAAAACAAGAUGAAUUGAAAAGAUCAGCACUUAGAGCAGUAUCGGCAUUGGCACAGAUUCCUAAAGCAGAUAAAAACCAACAACUAGCUGAUUUCUUAAAAUCCAUCAAAGAUACCCCUGAAUUGAAUAAAAUAUAUGAUUACGUUCAAAAGGAUUCACUUUCAAAUAACAACACCGAAAGUAUUUCCAUGGAUCAAAGUUAGAGCCGGAGAUAAUUCUUUACGUUAUAGUUUAGUGUUUAACGAGUAAUUAAUUAUUCUACUUGGUUAACUUGCAUACUGGUGUUCAAGUAUAAGUCAAACAAAUAAUAAUAAUUAAUUACACAAAUCAUUAAAUAUAUAUAUUUAUAAAAAAAAAAUAAUAAAAAAAAAAACUAUUCUGUGAGCAAAAUUGUUAACAUUAUAAAAAUAACAAAUCAAAUGAAAAUGGAGAAAGAGAAUGACAAUUAUAAUUAUGUUGUUUGCGAAAAAAUGAAACUCUCACAAUAGUUUUCAUUUACUCGGACAUCGUGGUUUAUUUUUUCGUUUAAAUUGGUUCAAUUGUUUAAUGCCAAUAAAAAAAAAGAGUUCCAUAAGAGAUUUUAAUUGGUAUAAUUGAAGGGACAAAUUCGAAACAUAAAUAUAAACCUUUGAAUUUUUGUGUUUACUCUUUCUCUCGUUUGUUUAAUAAAGAAAUCUAUAUUCUCGAUCACUAACUGUGUAAAACGAUCGUUAACAAAUAAUAAUCUAUUCAAUGCAAUGCAGGCAUUUAAAAUAUAUAUUUUAACCAUAUAUAUUCAUAUAUAAAAAAAACACACACACAAAAUAAUAGUACCAACCGAAAAUCAUAAAUAAAUAUACGGAAAGAACAAACAAAAAUUCAGAUCAAUAAAAUGUUUAAUUC